GCAAAAACAUAUAGUCAAAGAAAGGGGCGAAAAUAAAUGUGUAUUCAAAAUUUCAAACCCAAACAUAUUGGGAAGUAGAGAUAAAUUAAAGUCAAAGACUCAAAGUGACAGAAUUAAGUAGCUACUACAUGUUGGAAUGUAAUCUCAAACUCUAUUCAUGUAAAGGAAAACACCACAGUCCACAAAUUUCUUUAAGUAGAUCACUUGAGUUUAAUGGGGGAGGGCCACUAGAAGAACUUCGAGAAGCUCUACACCUUUGACUAUGGAUAAAGUAUGGUGGUCCAGUAUAGUAAUGAUUCUUCCACUUGUUUCUAGUUUUCCACCACUUCUCGACACUUUCCCGCUUGAAACCAUCCUUUUGUUACCAUUUUUGCCUCUCCUACAUUUGUUUUUCCACUACAAAUGAAGAAUUAUCGUUGAAUGAAAGAGAAAAUAUAUAGUUAUCGUAGUAGGUUAAUUAAUAUAAUGUUUUUAUUAAUAUAAUGUUGCAUUAGCUUAUGUAUUGUAGACGAUUAAAGCAUUGCCUUUAGGGUGUGGCUCUAGAGAUGGGAAAGUGUUCAAACUAUAUAUAAUCGCAUUGUCAUUGUGAAUUCUAUGAAUAUUAAUUAUGCUUAAACUUUCAAACCAAUCAUGCAAAAGACCAAAAUAAAUCAGUUCUCAAAAAAUUACUCUAUAAGCCACCAAAUUGAUCAGUUUAUAUAAAAUCGAAUCGACAGGAAAAAAAGAAGUCACCAUAUAUAGUUGUUUUCGUAGAAAAUAUGUAAUUCUUCUUAUAAUUCAAGUCUACUUGGUUCUCUAUCCUUUCUUUGUCAAUCAAAACGAUAACAAUGCGUACAAAGACAUUAUCUUUGAUUACAUACGCGAUCAUAGUAGAUGAUGGUAUUAUUCUAAGAUGAAUAUUAUGUAAGUAUGAAUAAUCAGUUUGAUUACAUAUGUGAUAUGUAUAAGAUACACAAAUUCAAUGAUAUUUCUUAAAAUCUUCUUUCACGUACCUACUUUAUGUUAUCAUUUCUAAACCUAGUGUAGGAGGUUGGUGCUGAGCAUUUUCAAUCUAAUCAUGAACUGGCCAAUAACUAAAAGAUAAGAAGUUAUAAUAACAAAAAUAGAACUUAUAACCGUUUUAAAAAUUGGACAUAAAGUUUGAUCACUUUUGUUUUAUUCUUCAUGCUGACCACAAUGGUCAUCAGGAAUAUGAAUUAAAAAAGCAGGAUCACAAUAAUUAACAACUAAUGUUAAUAGGUUAUAAACAGAUCAUGGUAACAACUAACAACUAGAUGUCGUUAUAGGCUCUCGUUGUACAUUAGCCAGCUUAAAGUGCCAUCUUGAAAAUCAUUAUUCUACAUCUAUACAAAUUCUACAAAUCAUCUAAUUUCUCGUUCUUAAAACACAUGCUAUAAGCUGGCUAAUGUGCUAUAAACUAUUUUAAUAGAGAUUUGAUAAUUACGAAAUAAUUUUCAUUUUACACAACCACUCUAACAUUUGACAUUUGAAUUAUCUCAUGUUUAUAUAAACCCUGCACAUAUGUUACCAUUCUAUUAGAUGAAUUCGACUCGCAUAUUAAUAAACAUCAUCAAAAUAUACAAGUCUUGUACACACUAUCGUACGGCAAUACUUUGACAUCUUACCCACUACAGAAUACUAAAUGAACAUGGUUAGAUGCACAUGCACAUAUAUCAACAUCACGUAGAAAAUACUAGAGUUUAUGUCACCAUACUUUUAUUUCCCUCAAUUUAUGUAAUUAAUAUUCGUUUUAUAGUUAUGUUUAUAUCCAAUAAUGCAUUAGAUGAUCACCAAUUCCUUAUUUGAAACUUAAAUAUAUGGUCAUCAGAAAAUCAUUAAUUAAGAGUUUUCUUUUUGUGAUACAACUACAAGCAAUCAUCUCGUUGAAUAUAGGGUGCCUAUCCUAAAUAGAGCAUGACGUUUUACACUUUAAAUUAAUUGUCAGUGACCAUAUCCAUAUGUACUAAUACGAACCUCCGUGAUAAACCACCGCUUGCGUAAUGUACUAAAGUAUAAAAGUAUUACUAAGUGCGUAAAAAGUAAAAGUGGUGCCAUAUUUAUUCAUUUACAAACUCCAAAGACGUGCUGCAUGUAUCACGUAACCGUGAUUUGCGACGAAGAUGUAUGCACUUUUAUUUUUGUAACUAUCCUCUCCGCCAAGAAAUGCUCCCCACUAUUCCAAGUCAACAAAGACAAAAAGUAUCGAAAUAAAUAAAAUAUAUAAAGUCAAAGCUCUCCGGUUCUCGUUUUUUAUUAUCAUACAUCUAACCUUGGUAUAUAAUCACCAUCCAUCUUCUUAUUCUUCUUCAUCUUCUCAAUCUUAAUAACUUGAAAAAAAUAGAAAAAAGAAAAUGAUGGGAAAAAGAAUAGCUUCCUUCAAGAACUUAGCCAAGAAAAUGAAGAGCAUCAACACAAGAGAAGGCGGCUCCGAGUCAACUCAUAACGAGUCUCUCCUGAUCAAUGAGGCGGACGUCGCGGCGACUAAGACGCCUACGGGAACGUUUGCGGUGUACGUAGGGGAAGAACGCGUGAGGCGCGUGGUGCCGACAAGCUAUUUGAACCACCCUUUGUUCAGGAUGCUCCUUGACAAGUCACACGACGAGUUCCACUGUUUGGAUCAGAAGGUUAUGUUGGUCGUCCCUUGUAGCCUCUCCGUUUUUCAAGACGUCAUUAACGCCAUCGAGUCUUGUAAUGGUAACUUCGAGUUCGGUGAUUUUGUCGAGGAGUUUCUUUGACUUCUUGUGAUAAAAAAUAAUAUUUGUUGUAGUGAAAAACACCCCUUUGUUGCGUGGUGUGGAUUGUUUUUUUUUCUCCUGGAAUUUGUAUUCGGACAUAUCGAUUACACAAUGGGUUAAUUUGUCAAAUAACCAAAUUCAUAAUUAAGAGGAUAACACUGAUUUUGACA